AGUAAAGGUAAUACGAAAAUAUAUUGUUAUGCUGACGUGUUAAUAAGAGGUUAUAUUAUCAAAAGAAGGAGCAGUAUUUGAACGAGUUUGACAAUUACAUCGACCAUUUGAAAGUAGAAUAAAGUAUACUUUAACGACGUGUCAGUGUGACAGCUUGUAUUACGUUCCGUAAACGUUAACGUGUUGUUAAAUAUACUUCACAAUGAGGCGAAAAGCGGGCGUUGGUGCGAUUCAAAAACAAAAGUUGGAGCAAGAGAAAUAUAAAGACAAGGGGACAGAGAUUCAAGAAAAUCAAUUUGAGCAAAUGACGAAGCAAAUGGAAACAUUUCGUGUUAAUUUAGAGGAAUUUGCAACGAAGCAUAAAAAUGAAAUUAAAAAGAACGCGCGUUUUCGGCGACAAUUUACUGAAAUGUGCGCGUCGAUAGGUGUUGACCCCCUAGCCUCGAACAAAGGUUUCUGGUCAGUACUUGGUAUAGGAGAUUUCUAUUAUGAGCUUGCCGUGCAAAUAGUCGAAGUUUGCAUGGCGACAAAUUAUAAAAAUGGAGGAUUAAUAUCAUUGGACGAACUUAGAACAAGACUGAUUCAAGCGAGAGGUCGUAGAAAGGAACACCAAGAAAUAACAAACGAAGACUUAUUAGCUGCAGCUAAAAAGCUGAAAAUUUUUGGAAGCGGAUUCUCUAUUGUUCCAAUCGGCAGGGGUAAGCAUUUAGUACAAUCUGUUCCCGGAGAACUUAGUAUGGAUCAUACCGCUGUAUUGCAACAAGCCAGUUUAUCUGGUAAUGCAUACAUUUCUAAAUCUAUACUAUACAAAGAUUUGCGCUGGGAACCAGACCGUGCUCAAAAAGCAUUGGACCAUAUGGUAAAAGAAGGGUUGGCAUGGUUGGAUGAACAGGGUGACGACGAAAUUUUGUAUUGGUUUCCUAGUUUGUUUACAGCCUGUAUUAUAUCCAAAGAAUGAAUAAAUUUUCAUUGUGCUGUUCAAAAAAUAGGCAAUAUUUUAAUCAAUAAACAAAAUAUACGUGUAAUGUAAAAUGAUUUUUUAAUGUGAAUAAAUUGAUAUGCUCUCAUAGUAUUAAUA